UUACUGAAUCCCUGUUUUCGUAUUUCCAAGCGUACGCGACGUGCGGAAAGGUCGCCCUUUUGUCCUUGCGUUGGACCCCACACCUCUCGGAUUUGAAGGCUAUAUAAAUGCGAAGUGGUCUCCCUGAUGGUUGUGCAAGCGUUAAAAGGGAAUUUUUAGUGUUCAAAGCGAGAAAAAAGGGGGAUUUUUUAAGGCAUUUUGAAGCAUUUCUCUGUGUUUUACCAGUUGGGUUUCUUCCUCUGCUCGAUUUGUUUGCAGGCUAAUUCUUCUUCACUUUAUGGGUUUGUCCCUCUCCUUAUUUUCAUGGGCUUGGGUUGAAGUCAUGAGAAACAAAAUCUUUGGCUUAACAGAAGUUGAAGCUGUUCUUCGGAGAUCUCUCAGCUCCCGCGAGAAAGAUGUAAAGUUGACCUUAAGAUCACUUAGCUUCAAGAAGAGCGAUUUAUCGAAUAUGCUUAGCCCUAAUAGGAAGGACCUCGGUACAAAAUCGGGAUCGCCGAGUUCCAAAAUAAGCGAUCCAUCGCAAAACAUGGCGGACGGUGGGUCUGAAAAUCCAGUCAUGGUUAGGUCAUUGAGCUUCAAAAGCUGGGAGUCGGAAGCGGCCCCUAACCCUGAAACGAGAAGUUCAUCCAUUAAUCAAGCCACAGAGAUUCAGCCGCUUCGUUUAAAAAGUUCGGAAAAUAUCGCAAUAGUGCCCGAGGUUGUGUUCUCUUCUCCGAGGCCUCGGUGUGAGCUCGAUGCAGCAGCCACAAAGCUUCAGAAAGUCUAUAAGAGUUAUCGGACCAGAAGAAAUUUGGCAGAUUGCGCGGUUGUGGUGGAGGAACUCUGGUGGAAGGCUCUUGAUUUUGCUUCUCUUAAGCAUAGUUCCGUAUCGUUCUUUAACGUCGAGAAACCAGAGUCGGCAGUUUCUCGAUGGGCUCGCGCCCGAACAAGGGUGGCCAAGGUCGGUAAAGGUUUGUCUAAAGAUGAGAAAGCUCAAAAACUAGCACUUCAACACUGGCUUGAAGCUAUUGAUCCGCGACAUCGCUACGGGCACAAUUUACAUUUGUAUUACGAUAUCUGGUUUGAUAGCGAGAGCACCCAGCCGUUCUUCUUCUGGUUGGAUGUCGGAGACGGUAGAGAGAUAAAUCUCGAGAAGUGCCCGAGAAGCAAGCUACAACAGCAAUUGAUCAAAUAUCUUGGACCGAAUGAGAGGGAGGCGUACGAAGUAAUUGUGGAAGACGGUAAACUCGUCUAUAAACAAACAGAAGUUCCUGUGAACACUACCGAAGGUUCUAAGUGGAUAUUUGUUUUGAGCACAACGCGGACGUUAUAUGUGGGGCAGAAAAUGAAAGGCACAUUUCAGCACUCUAGCUUUUUGGCCGGAGGCGCAACAACAGCAGCUGGGAGAUUGGUGGCUAAAGAAGGGAUUCUCAAGGCUAUAUGGCCAUACAGCGGUCAUUACCUCCCAACUGAAGAGAAUUUCAAGGAGUUCAUUAGCUUCCUUUCGGAUAACAAUGUGGACCUCAGCAAUGUUAAGCGGUGCUCCGUCGACGAUGAUGAAUUCCCGUCAUUCAAGAAGAACGACAGUGAGCCAUCAUUAACUGAAGGAGAAAAGAUAGUCGAUGUGGUGAAGGCUGCAGCCAAAAUCGAGAUCGCAGAAACGAAAGCACCUGCAGAAGACUCCAUCAUUGAUCAAGACAGUGUCGAAUCUACAGAAACAGCACCGGAACCCACAAGACGAUUGUCAUUCAAGUGGUCUACCGGGAUCGGCGCACGUAUCGGGUGCGUGCGCGAUUACCCGCCGGACCUCCAAAGCAAAGCCCUCGAACAAGUCAAUUUGUCGCCGAGGGUCGUCCCUUCGCCAAAUGGGAACAAAUUUCCAAUCCCAUCUCCGCGCCCUAGCCCGAAAGUUAGACUGUCGCCGAGGCUGCAGUACAUGGGCAUUCCAAGUCCAACUGUCUCUCUCACUCUUCCCAUGAGCAAAAGGAAGUGAGUUUGAGGGCAUUCCGGGCAUUUCUCUUGCCAAUUUUGACUAAUUAUUCUCCUAAUAGUUGAUGAAGAUGGGGUUGGGGGGGAGCAAGGAAAAUAACUUGCUACCUACUGUGCUGGGGUUUUUUUGGUUUUGAUUCAUUCUUGUUUCUUGAUUUCAUUAGUUGGUACGUUGAAUCAUUCUUUUCUUAGUUUGUUCUUUGCUUCGUGUACUUGUACCACCCUUUUCUCUUAUUCUUUGUCAUGUAGAGAAAUUUUAUUAAUGAAAGAAACGGAGCUAAGUUGCUUCUUUUUGUUCUGA